AAUAUUUUUAGUAAUGAAAUCAAAUGCCACGAAGAGAGUCUAGAUCAAAACUGUAUUCGAGACUACAUCGACUCUUUUUUGAUUGAAAUGAAGGAUCGUCAAAAGGAAAAUAACGUUUCGUCUUUCACAUACAGUAUGUUAAAUGGAAAUGUUCAGGCUCUGUUUGGUGCUGGAAGCGGAACUGUGAGGAUAACAAUUGAAUGGUGUCUUUUAACGAUGGCCGCCUAUACCACAGAAGACACAAGUGUUCAAGGGUAUAACAUUCCUAAAGGAACAUUCGUCUUGACAAACAUUUGGGCUGUUCAUCACGACCACAGGUACUGGAAGAACCCUGAUACUUUCUUUCCAGAACAUUUUCUUAGCCAGGAUGGCACCACAAUGAAAAAACCUGAAUAUUUCAUUCCAUUCUCUAUUGGUAAACGCUCUUGUCCUGGGGAAACAUUAGGCCUAAUAGAAGUGUUUCUGUACUUCACGUCGAUUCUUCAGCGUUUCACCGUGGCUCUACCUGAUGGCGAGAAACCAAAUUUUGAUGGGACUUGCGAGCUAACGUGGGAAGCCAAGUUUCACCAUCUUCGACUUCUUCCGCGUAACUAAUUUAGACGGCAGUUAUUCCUUCAAAGAUAUAGUUGCCAAUAUAAUGAACAGAAAAAGCGAGGGAAAAUGAUCCCAACUUUGAUAAAAUAUUUCUGCUGUAGACGAAAUUCUUGAAAAAAUAUGAAUUAAAGUUUCUAUCGAGAUUAUAAAAUGAUUUAA